AUGGCGUUCAACGAGGUUGUUGCCGUUCUGCACGCCGCCGGCAACGACGAGGACGCGCUCCAAGAUGCAAUCAGGCAGGCAGAGGCUGCCGGCCUGGAUGAAGUCCCGGGAGAGGACCGGCAAAAGCUGAGGGCCGCGCGCACGCGCCUGCGCAAGGCCCGGGAGGCGUCGGCCGCGUCGAGCGCCGCGGCCGCCGCCGCGGGGCGCUCGCCGCACGCCAAGGCGUCGUACGACCCCUCAGAGUUCCCGGCCCUGGCUGAGGCUUACGAGACCCUCAAGUGGCGCAUGAUUCAGAAGCCUGGUGGCGCCACGGUCAAGCCAGAUGACUUUUACAGGCUGUACGCCCUGCACCAGCAGGCCACCCAAGGCGACAACGCCGCGGAGCGCCCCAUGUGGGCGGAGCGCGGCGGCCUCGACUUCGAGGGCAGGGCGCGGUGGGAUGCGUGGGCCGCGGUCAAGGGCCUUGACGGCGAUAAGGCGCGCCUCAGGUUUGUGAAGCUGUUCUGGGAGUUUCCCGCCACUGCGCUGUACAGUGACACCCGCGGCACGCUGGGGGGCGCGGCCGGCGGCGGCGGGGCGGCGGCGUGA